AUGCAAGCCUUGAGAAGCAUUUUUGUGUUCUACUUCUUAUUUCCCUUCUUAAAAAUCUCCACUCCAACAACACUAGACACAAUUACUCCAAAUCGAUAUAUUAGAGACGGUGAAAGUCUAGUUUCAGCUGGUGGAAGCUUCGAACUGGGAUUCUUUAGCCCUGGUACAUCAAAGGGCCGAUACUUGGGAGUAUGGUACACUGUUGAUACUGAGGCAGUUGUAUGGGUAGCCAACAGAGAAACACCACUUGGCGAUACUUCUGGAGUUUUGAAUGUCACUGAGCGAGGAGUUCUAGUCCUUCUCAAUAGCUCAAACAGCAUUGUAUGGUCAUCCAAUACAUCAAGAACUGCAGGGAAUCCAGUAUCACAACUUCUGGAUUCAGGAAAUCUUGUUGUGAAAGAUGGAAAUGAAACCAACCCUGUUAACUUUUUGUGGCAGAGUUUUGAUUAUCUUUGUGACACAUUCCUACCAGAAAUGAAGCUUGGUUGGGACUUAGUUACUGGUUUAGAGAGGUACGUCUCGUCUUGGAAGAGCACAGACGAUCCUGCUCCAGGAGAGUUUUCGUUACGGAUAGAUCAUCGUGGUUUCCCACAAGCUGUUGUUGUGAAAGGAGCUAAGAUAGUGGCUUCAGCAGGCUCAUGGAACGGCCUUCAUUUUACAGCAUAUCCAUAUCCAACACAAACACGAGCAAACCCAACAUUGGAGUAUGAAUUUGUGUUGAACAAGGAUGAGAUCUAUUAUGAGUACAGGCUCUCAAAGAGGUCCACGUUCUCAAGAUAUAUAUUGAAUCCAUCAGGCAUUGCGCAGCGAUUAACAUGGGUGCGCCAAACACAUAGUUGGGAACUUUCCUCUACAUUUCAAGCAGAGCAGUGCGACAAUUAUGCUUUGUGUGGUGCAUAUGCUAGUUGCAAAAUGAAUGUCUCUCCCUUAUGUGCAUGCUUGAAGGGAUUUGUACCAAAAUCUCCAAAAGAAUGGAAUUCUGGAUAUUGGUCUGAUGGGUGUGUUCGAAAGAUUCCAUUGGCUUGCAGCUCGGGAGAUGGCUUCCUAAAGUACACUGGUGUUAAAUUGCCAGACACAUCUUCCACAUGGUUUGAUAAAAGCAUGAGCCUCAAGGAAUGCAAGGGAUUAUGUUUGAACAACUGCUCAUGUACGGCAUAUGCAAAUUUAGAUAUCAGGGAGGGAGGAACUGGCUGCUUGCUUUGGUUUGGCAAGCUCAUUGAAAUAAGGGAAUUCACUUCCGGUGGUGGUCAAGACCUCUAUAUACGGAUGGCAGCUUCAGAACUUGAUCAAAUUGAGAAAAAGAGCAAGUACAACAAGAAAAGGCUACCUGGAAUUCUUCUCAUCAGCUCUACACUUUUUCUUUUGGGAACUUUAAUAAUUGGCUUGAUAUUGUAUAGACGGAAGAAGAAACUCAGAAGUCAAGCCAAGAGAAUUCUUACAUUUAUCCAUGCUGAAGAAAUCUCCCACCCAAUUUCAGGAGUCAGAAGCAUGGAUUGCAGAAAAGAUUGCCUUGGACAAGACAUGGGAAUACCACUAUUAAACUUGACCACCGUAGCUAAUGCCACUAAUGAGUUUUCAAGCAGUAACAAGCUGGGAGAAGGAGGUUUUGGACCUGUGUACAAGGGUACGUUGAUAGGAGGGAAAGAAAUUGCAGUGAAAAGGCUUUCAAAGGAUUCCGGACAAGGACUGAGGGAGUUCAAAAAUGAAGUUAUGUUGAUAGGCGGACUUCAACAUCGCAAUCUUGUAAAGCUUUUGGGUUGUUGCAUUCAAGAAGAUGAAAAAAUUUUGAUAUAUGAAUUCAUGACCAACAGAAGCUUGGACUUCUUUAUUUUUGAUCAUGAGGGACAAAAGUUGCUCGACUGGGCUGCAUGCUUCCACAUUAUUGGUGGAAUUGCUAGAGGGCUUCUUUAUCUUCACCAAGACUCUAGAUUGAGAAUUAUCCAUAGAGAUUUGAAAGCUAGCAAUAUCCUGCUUGAUAAUAAUAUGAACCCUAAGAUUUCAGACUUCGGCCUCGCUAAAACAUUUGGUAGUGAUCAAAGUCUGGGUAAUACAAAAAGAGUGGUUGGAACGUAUGGUUACAUGUCUCCCGAAUAUGCAGUAGAUGGAAUUUUCUCGAUGAAAUCUGAUGUCUUUAGCUUUGGAGUAAUACUGCUAGAGAUGUUGAGUAGGCAAAAGAACAGGGGAUUUUCUAACCCAGAUCACCACCUUAACCUUCUUGGACAUGCAUGGAUACUAUGGAUUGAAGAUAAAGCAUUGGAACUGAUUGACAAGACAUUACGUGAUUCGUGCACCAUAUCUGAAGUGUUAAGGUGUCUUCAUGUGGCGCUGUUAUGUGUGCAAAGAGUACCUGAAGAUAGACCAAGCAUGUCAUCUGUGGUUCUAAUGUUGAGCAGUGAUGUUACCUUGCCUCCACCAAAGCAGCCUGGUUUUUACACCGAGCGAAGUGUCCCUGAAUCCCCUUUAAGUGCACGCCAGUGUUCAGCGAAUACUUCCAUUACAAUAAUAGAGGCUCGGUAGAUCAUCAUUCUGGUGCUUGUUCAUGCUUCUGUCUACCAUCACAAAAUUGUAUAGGGCAGGUUGUCUACAGCCUUAGUUGGAAAACAAUGACAUGAGAUUAUUAAUAUUAUGCAAGAAAGACGUGACUGA